CUCAAAGUACAUGUCCACAUCAACUACACAUUUCAAAUUACACGGUAAUUUCAUUACCCAAAUUAGCCAAAAAAAAAAGGUGGGUUUUCCCUCCAUAGUCAAAAUUUCCCACCCAAACAUAAAACUUCCAAGGCUAUAAAUACUGCCUUUCUUUUUUUAGAAACUUCAUACAGCUUUCCGUCUUUGCUUUUCUCUUCUUGGUUAUCCACAGUUCCUUCUUUGCUGCCAUUAUCUUCCUUUCUUUGCUUUUCUCUUCCAGCCAUGUGAGAAACACUUUUUUCUUCAUUCUUUCUCUUCUUAGGGUGAGAAAGAGCCUUUUUUUCCUUUAUCCAAAGCUACCUUUGAUGCCAUAUCAAUUUCAGGAAUGGAGCCAAUUCCUACACAAACACUGCACCCACAAUUCGAAAACACACCGGCUCAAAGGAAAAAAAGGCUAACAAAUUUAGAGAGACAAGGAAUAAUUGACAAGUUGUUACUAUGUGCACAAACAAAUUUAAUGGGCACACAAACUGCUCAGAGGGGUGCUGUGCAAAGUGUUGCUGCUGAGUUCAACGUUAGUAGACAGACUAUUAGUUCCCUGUGGAGAAAGGCUAAGGCACAACUACAAGUAGGUGUCUUAAUUGACGUAAGUAGUCGAAUGGCAGGAAAUGUUGGAAGGAAAAGAGCAGCACUGGACUUCGAAUCCAUUACACUAAUUCCACUGCGGAGGAGAACCACAAUCAGGUCACUAGCCUCAUCAGUGGGGAUCAGCAAGUCAACAGUGCAUAACUGGGUGAAAAGAAGUAUUCUUCGUAGCCAUACUAAUGCAAUUAAGCCCACACUUAAUGAUGCAAAUAGGAGGCAAAGGUUGAUUUUCUGUUUGCAACAGUUAGAAGAAACAAGUAUCCCUUCAAACCCAACAUUCAAAGGUUUUAAAAAUGUGUUGCACAUUGAUGAAAAGUGGUUUUUCAUGACAAAAACAUCACAACGAUACUACUUGACUCCAGAUGAGGAUGAGCUUCACAGAACAUGUCAAUCAAAGUGAUUUAUCACAAAAAUCAUGUUCUUAGCAGUUGUAGGAAGACCUGUUAUUUCAGAUGAAGAUGAAGUACUUUGGGAUGGUAAAAUAGGGAUUUUCCCCUUCGUGGAAUGUGUUGCCGCUAAGAGAAAAAGCAAGAACAGAGAAGCAGCCACAGUCUUUGUGCUAGCCAACAGGUGGUUGCGCUAGACUCACUAAAGAUUGUUUUUCCAGGAGAAAGUGUGAUUAGUUGUGAGUUCGAAUAGAGUAAUUGUUUUUUG